AUGGCCAUGUCUCUUAUCUCCCGCCGAGUUCUGUCCCGCGCUAGCCUGAACCUCCCAGCGCGCGCCCUCUUCUCAACCUCCCGCGCCCGCCUCGCAGACGACUCAAAACCCGUCUUCGCAUUCCGUCCAGGCCCCGCGCCACCUCGUCUUCCCGAAGACGAGCAGAAAAUCUUCGAGCAGCUUCAGAAACAAUCUACCGGCGCAUUCAGCACGCCGCAAGUCAACCAGUCGCCGGACUCGGAACCCGCGCGGGUGGAGGCCAGCGGCGAUGGAGAGGAGCUUCAUCCCGACGCGAAACCCGGACUCAGGCCCGAAUUCGAGGGCGAGAAGAACCCGAAAACUGGCGAGAUUGGAGGGCCAAAGAAUGAACCGUUGCGAUGGGGCUCUGGAGGAGAUUGGAGCUAUGGGGGGCGCGUUACGGACUUCUAG